AUGGCCGAGCAGAAACCGCACCUACUUGUCUUUGUCCAGCACAAGAAGUGUGCAAAUGUGGACGAGGAGACCUUCUACAAGUGGUAUAAGGAAGAAUUGAACCCGGAGGCGGUGCGGUUAGUCAAGAAGUAUAACAUUCUUCGUUACGCAGUGUUCUAUACACCAUCUGGCAUGCGCAAGCCGUUCGAAGAAGAAUUUCACAACAAGCUGCAGAAACCACAUUGGACUGUGCCCGAUUGGGAUGCAGCGACGUGCUACUGGGUCUACGAUCCGGACGACUUGAGAGCACUUCAGGCGGACCCUGAGUGGACCUCAAGGGUGAACAAGAUGGAAGAGGGCUGGAUUGAUGGCAAGGAGAUUUCCAUUUCUAUCGGGCAUGAAAUCCCCUAUUUCGAGAACGGCGAGGUCAAGAACACGACUGUCGCGGCUGAUUAG